UUCAAACACAAGAAACUCUCUCUCUCUCUCACACACAAUAUAAAUACCCUUUCCUCCCUCAUUUUCAAACAUAAAUAGAGAGAUCUGAGAGAAACAAAUACAAAAAACAAUACAAAUACAAUGGCAGCAUUUGUUGCACUACUGUGUUGCUGGCUCAUCUUCUCCAUUUCUUCCUUAGGUGAUGCACUCAGCUUAAACUACUAUGACCAGACAUGCCCUCAGGCCGAGUCAACCAUCACCAAUGUUGUUAAGAAGGCCAUCAAUUCUGACAAGAAGGUUCCAGCAGCGUUGCUCCGUAUGCAUUUUCAUGACUGUUUCAUCAGGGGUUGUGAUGCAUCCGUGCUGCUAAACUCAGUCGGGUCGAAUACUGCGGAGAAAGAUGGGCCACCUAACAUCUCUCUGCAUUCAUUUUUCGUCAUUGACGAGGCCAAGAAGGAAGUGGAAGCUAUGUGCCCAGGAGUGGUCUCAUGUGCAGAUAUAUUAGCUAUAGCUGCAAGGGAUGCAGUGGCACUGACAGGAGGCCCUUGUUGGGAUGUACCAAAAGGAAGGAAAGAUGGUAGAAUUUCAAAAGCAAGUGAAACAAGACAAAUGCCAGCUCCCACCUUCAACUUCUCUCAACUGAUUCAAAGCUUCUCUCAAAGAGGCUUAUCUGGAGCAGACUUAGUAGCCCUAUCAGGUGGACACACACUUGGGUUCUCUCAUUGCUCAUCCUUCACGAGCCGGAUCCACAACUUCGACUCGACCCAUGACGUCGACCCUUCACUGAACCCGUCGUUCGCAGCAAGCCUUCAGAAUGCGUGCCCUGCCCAUAACCAGGCAAAGAAUGCAGGGUCCAACAUGGACACGUCGGCAGCCACUUUCGACAACACCUACUACAAGCUGCUCAUCCAAGGAAAGAGUCUCUUCUCUUCAGACCAGGCUCUCAUGACCACCGAUCACACCAAGGAGCUGGUGUACAGGUUUGCCAGGUCCCAUGAAGCUUUCAAAGAUGCCUUUGUGAAGUCUAUGAUCAAGAUGAGUAGCCUAACAGGUGGUCAGGAGGUGAGGCUGGAUUGUAGGAAAGUCAGGUGAAGAGGCCCAUGGGCCAUGGCUCUUAGAUUAUGGUCAAUCUCAACCUAAGUGGGUGAGACAGAUUUUCCAUUACGUGGGUAGUAGCUUUUGGUUCUCUAUCGUUUUGUUGUUUUGAAGUGUGGUAAGGAAUGACUAGUGUAUUGUGCCAUUUUGGCUGAUGGGGUUUGUAGCCCACUAGAUGUGAGGUUAUUUAACGAAGUUAUUAAAUGUCCUUGUCUUAAUUUCUAAUAUAUUGUGCCAAACAGAUGUGUGAUUUAGGGUCUUUUGGGUAUUUCACACGUGUUGGACGUGUGACCCACAUGUGUAUGUAA